AUGGCGGCCCCGGGCCCGGAGGCUCCCCGCCCGCCCGCGCUCCCGCCCGCGCUCCCGCCCGCGCUCCCGCCCGCGCUCCCGCCCGCGCUCCCGCCCGCGCUCCCGCCCGCGCUCCCGCCCGCGCUCCCGCCCGCGGCCCCUGCUCAGCGCUUUCCCGCCCGGAAGUCCCGGCGCCGAGCUUCGAGUUCCGCUUCCGGGGCGGGGCUUUCCUGCGCAGGCCCCGCGCUCGCGCUCGCGCUCGCCGCCGCCCAGCGCCUCGGGGCCUCGGGGCCUCGGGGCCUCCCCCGCCCGGGCCCUCCGUGCUGUCGGCCUUUCCGUCUCGUUAGCAGCCAGACGUCCUCUCCGCCGCGGCCCGGGCGUUCUCUCUUCAAACCCCAGGUCGACUUGGUAGCGGCUCAGGGCGCCCUGCGAGUCCCCCGCCUUGUGAAACCUUAUGCAGAAAAACCAAUCAAGACCACUUGGACUGCUGACCUACACAACUGUGAGAUGAUAAGUGUGGGCUUGCUGGAUUAUAUGGUAACUACAUUUACUUGUGGAAGAGUUUCUAGAGAAUGCCAGGACCUGCCACCUGGUGACCUCCUCAGUCAUCAAGAACUUCUAUGGAAGCUGUGUCAGACAGACCCUAAGGUGAGGUACAUCAUAGAAAAAGUUUGCUGGGAAGCAACCAAAGAUUACUUCGACAUGAAAAAUUAUGAAAAGCUCAAAGUGCUGUGGCUUAGCUAUGUUAAAUUUUGGAAAUCUGUGACUACUGGAGGGGAACAGAACAAGAGUAUUCAAUUACUACAACGUGGUGACACGAGCCGCCAAGAGAAAGGAAUUCAGACUCCAGGGCUGGUACAGUUUGCUUUUUAUCCAAGUCCCUCCCAGAGAAGAUUGCCCUCCUCUGGCCUAGGCAGGAAAGCGGUACUUCUCUGAAGUAUUUGAGAAAUACUAAGUCUCCGCUUAAAGGAGCCUCAGGAGUUAUAGAAGGGGAGUCAGAAGAGAAGGGACAUCGGGAAAGUACGGAACAGGUGAUUUGUGAAGAGCCAAGAGAGGCAGCGAUCCUGACCUGAGCGAAGAGCAGUUAGCCAAGCGUUUUCUGCAGGAAAAUGACCUGACUCUGUCACUGUGAGAAGGGGAUUGUGGGGACAUCAGCAAACCUAUCACUGUCAUCCUUCUCACUGCUGCCUUAGAAAUGCACUUCUAAAGUUUUGAACUUACCCAACCAAAUUUGCAUUUUGAAAUAUUUCUGUUGCUUGAGUUUCUUAUGUGGUUUCCUUACUUGUUAGGAAGAUAAAUCUUGCAUAUAUAGCAGUGGGGGGUAAGGGACUGGUGGUUUAUUGCAUAAAUUUAGAAAAAUGCUACUUUUUUCUAAAAAAAAAAAAAAACCUUCUAUGACAAGGGCUUUCCUCUUAUUUACUACUACUACCGUUACUAUUAUUUACUUUAAAAGAUUUGGAGAUCAGA